UUUUUUUCAGGUAAUCACAAGUUGACAGCAACAGCUAAAGUCAUUGUAAAAAUUUGUGAACAUGAAAUGAAUGAAAUAGAGGUUUGUCCAGAAUGUUAUCUGUCAGCUUGCCAAAAGAGGGAAAACUGGUUUUGUGAACCUUGCAGUAAUCCUCACCCUCUUGUGUGGGCAAAACUGAAAGGAUUUCCAUUUUGGCCAGCUAAAGCUCUGCGAGAUAAAGACGGACAGGUCGAUGCCCGAUUUUUUGGGCAGCAUGAUAGGGCCUGGGUCCCAAUAAAUAACUGCUACCUCAUGUCCAAAGAAAUUCCUUUUUCUGUGAAAAAGACUAAAAGCAUCUUUAACAGUGCCAUGCAGGAAAUGGAGAUCUAUGUAGAAAACAUCAGGAAGAAGUUUGGCGUUUUUAACUAUGCUCCCUUCAGGACACCAUACACUCCCAACAACCAGUUUCAAAUGUUGCUGGAUCCCUCGAACCCCAGCGCAGGCACAGUCAAGCCUGAGAAGCAAGAAAAAAUCAAGUUCAAUUUUGACAUGACAGCGUCUCCUAAAAUCAUCCUGGGAAAGACCAUGCUCUCAGGAGGUACAGGGAGGAGGAUCUCUCUGACUGAGAUGCCACGCUCUCCAAUGAGCACCAACUCCUCAGUGCACACGGGGUCCGAUAUCGAGCAGGACACCUCGGAGAAGAGCCUCAAAGCCCCAACUAGUCACUACAGCGCUGGGGAGGAGUCCAUGGACUACACAGCAUCUCCAGCAUCUGCAAAGACUGGGCAUGCGGGCAGUGUGACUGAGAGCCCUAAGCCUUUCUCUCCUCAAUCUUCAACACCUGUCACUACCAAACAGGAGAGGACUUCUACAACUGGAAGCAUCCUUAACCUCAACCUGGACCGCAGCAAAGCUGAGAUGGACCUGAAGGAGCUGAGCGAGUCUGUGCAGCAGCAGUCGACGCCAGUCGUGCUGACAUCACCAAAGAGACAAAUUCGGAGCCGCUUUCAACUCAACCUGGAUAAAACAAUCGAAAGCUGUAAAGCCCAGCUUGGGAUAAAUGAGAUUUCUGAAGAUGUGUACACAGGGGUGGAGCACAGUGACUCUGAAGAUUCGGAGAAGUCCGAUUCCAGUGACAGCGAGUAUAUGAGUGACGACGAACAGAAGUUAAAAAACGGUCAGGAUGACGGGGACGACAAAGAGAAAAGCGAGAGGGAUGUGAAAAAGAAGCCCAAAGUGUCCCCGCAGAGUGAGGAGAAGGAGCGAAAUGUCGAGAGCACAGCAGUGGAGAAAACGGCUGAGCUGCCUGCCAAGGAGAAGCCCAGCCCCGAUCCCAAGAAGGAGCCCUCCGACAAAGCUAAGGGUUCUCAGCACUCGGCCAAGGAGAAGCCAAAAACCAAGGAGGAGGGGGUGGCCGGCUCGGGGGACCUGGAUGUGGACUCCGACUCCGACAGGGAGCUGGUGAUUGACCUUGGGGAAGACCACGCUGGCCGCGAGCGCAAGAAAAGCAAGAAGGAGCUGCCAGCGUCUGUCAGCGCGGCAAAGGAGACGUCUGCAGUGAAGCCGGAGGCCCCAUCUUCUUCCAGUGCCACUGCACAGCCUUCAGGCGAUGCUUCCUCAGCUCCUAAUGUUAAAGACCCCACUCAGGCUUCCAUCACCAUUCCAAUCAACGUUGUGUCUUUCGCUGCUACCUCCCUCAUCCCCAACACCGCUUCCUCUGCCGCAGUAAAGAAACAGCGCCCUCUGUUGCCCAGGGAGACGGCACCAGCAGUGCAGCGAGCCGUCGUGUGGAAUCCCACCACCAAGUUUCAGACUUCCUCCCAGAAGUGGCACAUGCAGAAGCAGCAGCAGCAACAACAGCAACAACAACAGCAGCAGCAGCAGCAACAACAGCAACAACAGCAACAGCAACAGUCUGCACCCCAGCAGCCCUCCCCCAGCACUCGAUACCAGACCAGGCAGGCUGUUAAAGCUGUACAGCAGAAAGAGGUCACCCAGAGCACGUCCACAUCUUCGGUGACUUUGGUGACAAGCACUCCCUCCGUUUCUAUGAUCACCACGCCUGUCACUGUCAGCACACCUUCUUCAUCUGUUACCACUGACUUCCAGAUCGCAACAACGUCAGCUGACGUGGCUGCCGAUAUUGCCAAAUAUACCAACAAGAUAAUGGAUGCAAUAAAAGGAACAAUGACUGAAAUAUACAAUGACCUCUCCAAAAGUACAUCAGGCAACACCAUAGCAGAGAUUCGGCGGCUCAGAAUUGAAAUUGAAAAAUUGCAGUGGCUGCAUCAACAAGAAUUGUCAGAAAUGAAGCACAACCUUGAGCUCACCAUGGCAGAAAUGCGCCAGAGCUUAGAGCAGGAACGCGACAGGCUGAUUGCCGAGGUCAAAAAGCAGAUGGAGCUGGAGAAGCAACAGGCUGUGGACGAGACCAAGAAAAAACAGUGGUGCGCAAACUGCAAAAAAGAGGCCAUCUUCUACUGUUGCUGGAACACUAGCUACUGUGACUACCCUUGUCAGCAGGCUCACUGGCCAGAGCACAUGAAGUCCUGCACACAAUCAGCUACUGCUUCUCAGCAAGAACCUGAAACUGAGGUCAACCCAGACAACAAAACCUCUGGACAGACCACAGGUUCUCAUUCUUCACCAACAGAAACUACAGCUAUACCAACUGAGAAGGACUCAACUGCAGAAAAAAACAAGGACAAUGUCUCUGUCAGUGUGUCCUAACCUUUGUUAAACAACUUUGCAACAUUUAUCAUUGUAUGUAUUCUGUGUUAAUGUCUUAUUCAGGACAGGCUUUAAGAAAGCAGCGGUUUUUUUCAUGCCAAUCUGAGAAUGCAAAUACUCUCUGAAUUCAGUAUUAACAACCAGAGAAUCAUAUUUCAUUUACAACCCCCUUGGUUCAUCAUUAAGAUGUCAUUUGGUCAUCAUACAGAACUAGAAGAGGUGUAAUGUAAGGUGUGUAAUGUACAAUCAAAACUAAUGAGUCUUACACAAUUCAGAAAAACUGAUUUCCACUUUUAAGUAGAAAAUCUGUAAUUCAUAUAUGGAAGUUAUAGUGUCAAACCUGAAGACUGAUUCUAUUUUCUAAUUCUAUGGAUGGAGAGCCUCAUGUCCUAAGAUACUUUGAAACAGGAAGCCUUAUUCCAUGACAUAGGAUACAGAUAACUGAAUCAUAAAGUUGACUGAACAGAAAGAAGGUUAGGCACUCCAGAUUUUAAAAAUAGUUCCUGUUUGUCUCAAGGACAGGGAACGUUUGACUUUUAUGUCAGUUGCGUACACUGCCAGUCCAAGUCAUUAGAUCACCUUUUAUUCUAGUGUCUCCACAGGAAGCGGUAGGUUCUUUAUGAGUUAUGGCUCGGAUAUAGCUCUGACAGGACUGCAUAGUGACUUAAUGGGGAAAAAACAUGUUGUUGAAGAUGCCCAAUUAGGACGGUUUUUCCUGAAAAUAAUCCGGCUAUAAACCUUUGCUUUUUUUGCACCCUCUUUUCCCGACACGCUUGUGUUAUUACAGUUGCAUUAUCUAGAUCUUGGCAUUAACUUUAGUAUUAUCUACCCCCUUUGAGGUGUCUCAAUUCCAAGCUCUGCUGUUCUAACUCACUACAAGUACAUUGUGUCUGAAUGAACCCUCCACAUUUCAGGUUUAGAUCUAUAAGUGGCUGGAUUAAACUGGUUAGGGUAGUUUUAGAGAUCUGAGUGAACUUCUCUGGCAGAUAUAAGUGAAAUAAGCUGACUAUGGGCAAAUGCAAUUUAAAACUUAUAAUAGCUUGAAGCAGAGAUCAAUCCACUAUUUUAACUGAAAAACAAAAUAGUUUGUUAUACAAGUUUUGAAGACCUAAAAUAUAUUGAAGUGUUCAUAUCGGCUAUCUGCCUUGGCAGGUAACAACAGGUGUGAGAAGCAUCAUAUCAGUUAUUUUGGCAAAGGUACCACAGAUUACUGACUCCCUAUGUCCUCAAUUCUGAACACCUAGGAAGUAGAAAAUUCAUGCACACUAGAUCAUACUGUGUAGAAUAAACCUUUCAUAGAGCUAAGCUUUUUUUUUUCUUUUAUUUAUUUUAAUUUAUCCGGUAGUGGCAUCUUUUAGAAAAAAGCCAUCACUAUGUAACUAGCUGAAGACUCCAUUUAUAUUGUAAAUUGGUCACAUUUCAACACUGAAAUAUUGUGUGACGUUUCAUUUUUUGUUGUUGCUAUUUUUCAUUUUUAUUUCCUCAUACCUUUUGUGGAUCCAAACUAUAAAAAAAAUCUAUAUCUGCGGAAAAAGAAAUCUAUUUAAAUGAUAAGAAUUUAAUGCAUACUGCAUCAAAACUAUUCUGAAAAAAAGACAACUAUAUGUAAAACACUUUAACAAGACGACAUUUUUACUUAGAGCAUAUUUUUCUGCCUUGAACAUGACCACAUGAUUAUGCUUCCAAGAGCUAGGGCUUGAGUUAUGUGUUCCGGAAGAGUCUUUUCUAUUGCUAGAUGGGUUGUGAAAAUAUAUUGGGAUGUCCGUUGAGCCCUUUGUUCGAACUGCCUUUUAAUGUUACAAACUCUCUGAUUGGGGUCUCAAAAUUCAAUUGUGGUGACUGUUAAUGUUAAACUUUAUGUAAUGGUAUGAUUUCUCCGUACAGAGAAAAGAAAUCAAAAAGUGACUGUAUUUCACACGAGUAAGCUGUCCUACAGCUUUUGUGUUUACAUGAUGUAAAUAAAAAAAACAACUGGGGGUCUGAAAGCAUCUGUUGAGAGCCUUAUUCUCAUCAAUGGAUAUUACUGAUAGGGUGGGAUUCCUAAGAGAAGGGUGUGGAAAGCAAAGUUUUAAUGUGCUUGUUUGGGGGGAAAAAAAGCCUAUAUAUGUACGGACCUUUCAACUUCAAAAUAAGCUUUAUAGAUUUAAAGACCACUGUGCAUCAAUGUGUAUGUAGUACACUAUAAAUACUUAAAUUGUCCUGCUAGAAACGUCAUGACAAGCAGGAGAUAAAUGUAACAUGUAAAUGUAGAAAGUAAAUGUUGUUUUCCCUCUGCUGUUCUGAAUUGCAGCCUCUGCUCUGGCAGGAACUCUUUUGAAACAUAUGACGUGGAACUGUCUGCUUUGUUUCCUUUAAUUAGGACACUGAAGUGUUAAAUUUUUAAUUCAGCAUCUUCAUCUUGUUUCUCUGUGCUCCAAUGACUUCAGGAUGCCAGGCAACGAGGGAUAUCCCAUUUUCAGCAGCGGUUGUUUCCACGGCAGUCCAUGAACAUUUGGUGUUGAAACUCCUUCCUUUUUUUUAAACUGUUAAGAAAAAAUGGGGACGUCCUCCUGAUUUUAUUUUCACACAGCUUCUGAUUUAAGAAUCCACGUGGUCUUGACUGUGGAAUUCCAUGGCAUUUUGGAGGUGUAGGCCUGUGUACGUUUACUCUUCUCUUGUGUAUCAGGUUUCGGAGGACUCGGACAAUAAUUUUUACUGUUGGAAAUUCCUUGACAUGCUUAACAGAGGUCUUGUUGCCCUCUGCAAGCCGUUUUGCUAUUCAGAAUGAGAAAGCUGUUGUUCUGUGCAUUAAGACUUCCGCACUGUAGAUUUCCAUUUAAAAGUUUGUACUUGUUAGUGUUGCUUGUAGGGGAAAAUAUUAUGGCUGCAAAAAAACCCAACAAAUCUGUAUAUAAGAUACAAUAUCUUAAAGUGUCUUUCUUGUGUUUUUUAUUUCUUUUCCCAGCGAAACCCUUAUUAUUGGUAGUCAAUCUCUGCAGUAGUUGCCCCCCAUUGCUGGGACUAUCAUCAUGCAAGCCCAAAUACAGUAGACUGCAGCAGUAAUGCCAGUUCUGCUAGCAGAGUGUAAGGCUGAGUACACAGAAGGGUAGAGUGCAUGAUCUGAGUGUAUGUGUGUAAGGCAGAAAGACUGAACUAAAACAAAAAGAAAUAUGUGAAAAAUAAAAAAAAUGUGAACAUGCUCUGCUGUGUACCGACCUGGAGGAAUUGACAAGAUUGUGUAUUUGUAUAUACAACCUAGGGCUACACUACAUUGUAUAGCAGUAACAUUGUUUAAUGAGCAGAGCUCCAUGUGGUGUGUUUUUUUCUUUUAUUCCUUUGUAAAUAAUGUGCAGUUUUUUAUGUCAAUAAACAUACUGUCAAUUUCAUCCACAUUCAUCUGUUUAACAGUUUAUUGUUUGAAUGCUUUGAGAUAUUUGAAGAAAGAUCCCUUGAUAACGGAAUGUUUGUUUUUGUUCUAAUUACAUUUUAAGCAUUUAUGUUGUGAUUUAUUUCAAAAUGUUUUUAUAUAUAAUAUUGCACAUUUAAGAAUACUAGUGUAGAUUGCUGGUCUAUUGUAAUAUAAAUCAAAACAUCCCAAUACUAAGAAAAAAAUUAUUUUGAAACAUGCAGAUUACUUUGAGCAUUCCAACUGUGGAAUUUUAAUAAUGGGAGUAUUUUUGGAAAAUUAUAUUGCGUGUACAGUUUUGGGAGAAAAAAAGAUACAAAUAAUGAAGACAGAAAUGUUAAAAGAAUGCUAAGCCUUUUCCAUGUGAUGGUAAAAACAUUUUUCAGCCUGAAGGCUUAUUUUUUCCGAAGAUCUGUUCUGUGCUACAGUGUAGAAUGGGAUCUGUGAUAUUUCUGGCAUUCCUGUAACUUCAAAAAAAGUUUCCAUUGUGGAAAAUUGUUCUUCUUAACCAUGAAUAUUUAUGCUGAAUUUUAUUCUCUGCCACAGAAUUGUAUGUAUGUUCUCUACAAGAUUAAAGAUAUUGAUGAAAGAG